AUGGGGAGAAGAAUCUCAUUAGCGGUAUGUCUAAUGUUACUUGUUGGAUUAAGCGAUGUCUACGAAACACAAGCUCAAGGGACGUUCUCAUUGCUUGACUAUUUGCAUCUCUUUCCCAAAAUGACCAAAGAGUUUGAGCCAUACGCCUCCAAAGGUUUGAUAGAUUUCGUAGGUGUCUUGGAGGGAAAGUCUCCCACAACCCUAGAGUUCAAGAAUUUCUUUACAAAGCUGAAAGAUUACACAUCGAAUUGCUUUAAACCUGCAUCAUCCGGAUCAAUAGACAUCCAGAAGGAACAGCUCUUCAUGGCUAUGGCAGCAUUGAAGGGUACUAAAGAAGGAACAUCGUUUGAUUCGUGGAGGCUGAUCGAGGCCUUAGUGUCAAUGGAAAAGGUUUCUGUUGAGUUGAGGAAGAGCACUACGAAUAUGGUAAUAUCUCCUCAACAAUGGGAGGUUUUGUAUGGGUCAAUGAGUGAAUGGGUUACAAGGGUUGGUCUAUUUGUGAAGACAGUCUCCGAGAUUAAUGGAAAAUUAAUCGACCUAUCACAGUUUGAAAUCAACGAUAUCGACCCUACGUAUAUAUCUCUUUCUAAAGAAGUUGCCAAUAAAACACAAGAGCCCUUCUCGUUACCUCUUUAUUUGAGAAACUUCCCUAAAAUGGGCAAAGAUUUUGAGCCUUUCGCUUACAAAGGUAUGUUAGAUUUCUUACGUGACCUAGAAGUUAGGUGCCUUGCGAGCGCAGAGUUUAAGGAUUUCUUCGUAAAGCUCAAUGAUUACAUGGCCGGCUUCAGGACGUUAUCACCUGAAACGUAUUCGAUAGAGAGUAAUAUUACGUAUAAAGCUAUGAGACUCUUCAUAGCUUCCUCUGCAUUGAAUGGUACCAAAGUUGGAACAUCGGAUCCGUGGAGGCUGGUGGAUGGGUUGUUGUCAAUGGGAGAGGUUUUGGUUGAGAUGAAAAAGAGCGGUUUGAAGGAGAUAACGUUUGAACAAAGGAGAUAUCUGACAUGGUCUAUGGUGAAAUGGGCUCGAGCUAUAAGCCUAUUCGUGAAGACGGCUUCUGAGAAGAAAGGAGUAACUAUGGAUCUAUCAUCAAUUGAAAGUUAUUAUAAUUCCCAAGUUUUAACUUCUGCUAAAGGAGCUACGGGAGGAGGUAAUCCUAAUCCCAGUGGAACAUCCGCAAAUAGUAAUCCCAAACUCACCUAA